AGGAGGAGAAUCUGUGUAAGUCACCGUGUUCUCAAAGAUCGACGCUCUGCAAGUGCUGCCGAGGUGUACAGCUAGUCACAGACUCAGGAGCAGCUCUUCUCUUUUUCUCCACUAUGGCUGAGACUGAGGGGAAAUUUGACUUUGCCAUCGACCGGGGUGGCACCUUCACCGAUGUGUUUGCCCGGCUGCCUGAUGGUCGAGAGAGAGUCCUGAAACUGCUGUCCCGGGACCCCCAGAACUACAAAGACGCUCCCACUGAGGGGAUCCGCAGAGUCCUGGAAGAGGAAACAGGGCGGGUCUUUCCUCGCGACCAGCCCGUAGACACCUCUCUGAUUGGCUGGAUCAGAAUGGGCACAACAGUGGCAACCAAUGCGCUACUGGAGAGAGAGGGAGAGAGGACUGCGCUCCUGGUCACGCUGGGCUUCAAGGAUUUGUUGCACAUAGGCACUCAGGCCAGGCCCAAACUAUUCGAUUUGGAGGUGGCUGUCCCUGAGGUGCUGUAUGAAGAGGUAAUAGAGGUGGAUGAGCGAGUUGUUCUCAGGCAAGACGGCUGCCAGAUGCCCAGAAAAGAUCCCAAACGUAUUGUCACAGGCAGUACAGGGGAUUCUCUGGAGGUGUGGAGGGAGCUUGACCUUGAGCGAGUGGAAAAAGAUCUCAGGGGAGUUCUGUCCCGCGGGAUCACCAGUCUCGCCGUCCUUCUGCUGCACUCAUACACAUGGUCUGAUCAUGAGAAGGCAGUGGGCGCCCUGGCACGUCGUCUGGGCUUCACCCAGGUGUCUCUGUCAAGUGAGGUCAUGCCCAUGGUGCGGGCGGUGCCUCGGGGCUACACCGUCUGCGCCGACGCCUACCUCACACCAAAAAUCCAUCAGUAUUUAAAAGGCUUCACCUCUGGGUUCAAGGGUGGACUGAAGGAUGUGGACGUCCUGUUCAUGCAGUCAGAUGGCGGUCUGACUCCCAUGGAGCAGUUCUGCGGUUCACGGGCCGUUCUAUCUGGCCCAGCGGGAGGGGUGGUGGGAUACGCCAUCACUUCAUACAACCAAAUGGAGAAAAAGCCUGUGAUAGGCUUUGACAUGGGUGGGACAUCCACUGAUGUGAGUCGGUACGCUGGCCAGUAUGAACACGUGUUUGAGGCUACCACGGCCGGAGUCACCCUGCAAGCACCGCAGCUGGACAUCAACACUGUGGCUGCCGGCGGAGGAUCAAGACUCUUUUUCAGAUCAGGGAUGUUUGUGGUCGGACCAGAGUCUGCAGGUGCACAUCCAGGACCAGCCUGUUACAGAAAAGGCGGCCCUCUGACUGUCACCGAUGCUAACUUAGCCCUGGGUCGACUCCUUCCUUCCUUCUUCCCAAAGAUCUUUGGGCCAGGGGAAAACGAACCACUGUCAUUGGAAGAAACCAUGAACCAUUUCCGUCAUCUGAGCCAGGAGAUCAACCUCUUCUUGUCUUCCAAACAAUCAAAGGUUAGUGCAAAUGGAGCCGACCACUCACACAACAGCAAGUCAGAGAUGAGUGUGGAGGAGGUUGCCAUGGGAUUCAUUCGUGUUGCAAAUGAGGCCAUGUGCCGGCCAAUCAGAGCUCUGACACAGGCUAAGGGCCAUGAUACAUCUCAGCACGUGUUGGCAUGUUUCGGGGGUGCAGGUGGCCAACAUGCCUGUGCUAUUGCCCGAGCCUUGGGGAUGAAGACUGUCUUCAUUCACAAGUACAGCGGCGUGCUGUCAGCCUAUGGUCUGGCUCUAGCUGACGUGGUGGAGGAGGUGCAGGAGCCGUGCUCGCUGCAGUACGAGCAGCGCUCCUUCAGCGAGCUUGAUCGGAGGGUGGAGCAGCUCUCAAAACGCUGCCACGAUACACUCUGCGCACGUGGAUUCACCAGCACUCAGAUAACCACUGAGGUCUUCCUCCACCUGCGUUACAAGGGCACUGACUGCGCUCUCAUGGUUACCGCUGAUGGUUACCCCACCAACGCCAAGUCCUGUCUAGCCGGAGACUUCCGCAGUGCCUUCACCAAGCGUUAUCUGAAGGAGUUUGGAUUCACUAUCCCAGACAGAGCCAUCAUGGUUGAUGACAUCAGAGUGAGGGGCUGCGGGAAAUCUGGUAUCAAAUCAGUGUUUAAAACAAAGACGGGUCGUGGACAGGCCAAACCAGUAACGAUGACCAAGUGUUACUUUGAGGAAGGUAACCUGGACACCAGUGUGUAUCUAUGGGAGGAGCUGCCAUGUGGUCACAGCAUCCAAGGACCAGCCAUCAUUAUCGACAAAAACAGUACUAUCCUGGUGGAGCCGUGCUGUGAGGCCCAUCUAACAGAAGGGGGCGACGUUUGUAUGACUGUAGGCUCUGACCCUCACUGCGCCCUGGGCACUGAGCUCAACACUGUGCAGCUCUCCAUCUUCUCUCACCGCUUCAUGAGCAUAGCAGAACAGAUGGGUCGAGUCCUCCAAAGAACCUCCAUCUCCACCAACAUCAAGGAACGCCUCGACUUCUCCUGUGCUGUGUUCGGACCAGAUGGUGGUUUAGUGUCCAAUGCACCCCACAUCCCUGUCCACCUGGGGGCCAUGCAAGAGACCGUCCAGUACCAGAUCAGAUCAUUGGGGAAGACGCUGAAAGAAGGCGAUGUCAUCCUGAGCAACCACCCGUGUGCCGGCGGCAGCCACCUGCCAGACCUCACAGUCAUCACACCUGUGUUUAGGAAAGGAGUGAGCAGUCCAGUGUUCUUUGUCGCCAGCAGAGGGCACCACGCUGACAUUGGAGGCAUCACGCCAGGCUCCAUGCCCCCCCACUCCACCUCCCUUCAGCAGGAGGGGGCUGUCUUCAUUUCCUUCAAACUUGUAACUGGUGGCGUCUUUCAGGAAGAGGCUGUAACUGAAGCUCUGAUGGCUCCGGCCCAGUACCCAGACUCCUCUGGGACUCGUAAUCUCCAUGACAACCUGUCAGACCUGCGGGCUCAGGUGGCAGCCAAUCAGAGAGGCAGCCAGCUUGUGGGGGAGUUGAUUGACAGCUACGGGUUAGCUGUGGUCCAGGCCUACAUGGGAUACAUUCAGAGUAAUGCAGAGCUGGCAGUGAGGGACAUGCUGAGAGACUUUGCACGUCGUCGACGGCAACAGACUGGCUCCUUGGAGGUGGAGUCGGAAGAUUUCAUGGAUGAUGGGACAGCAAUCAGACUGCGGGUUCAGAUUAAUGAGGAAGAGGGCAGUGCAGUGUUUGACUUCACAGGGACGGGAACAGAGGUUUGGGGGAACUGCAAUGCUCCACGCGCCAUCACCCUCUCUGCCCUCAUCUAUUGCCUGCGAUGCAUGGUGGGACAGGAUAUUCCCCUUAAUCAGGGAUGCCUUGCACCAAUCAAAAUCAUCAUACCCCCUGGGUCAAUCCUUCAGCCUUCCCAGAAUGCAGCUGUGGUGGGAGGAAAUGUACUCACAUCCCAAAGAGUGGUCGACGUCAUAUUUAGGGCAUUUGAGUCAUGCUCUGCUUCACAGGGCUGCAUGAACAACAUUUCAUUUGGCAGUGAGAGUGUAGGUUACUAUGAGACGGUUGCUGGGGGAGCGGGGGCGGGGCCAGGCUGGAAUGGGCGGAGUGGAGUUCACAGUCACAUGACCAACACCCGCAUCACUGACCCUGAGAUUCUGGAGAAGAGAUAUCCCGUCAUCUUAGAGCACUUCUCUCUGCGGCCCGGCUCAGGAGGUGCAGGAAAAUACUGCGGGGGAGACGGUGUGGUGCGGAAGCUUCUGUUCAGGAACAAGGUGGUGCUGUCAGUACUGACCGAGAGGCGAUCCACCCGACCCUACGGCCUCCAGGGGGGUGAGGACGGUGCAGCAGGGCUGAACCUGCUUCACAGAGCAGACGGUCGGGUCCUCAACCUGGGUGCCAAAACCAGCAUCAGCCUUCAGCCCGGGGACAUGUUCUGCCUCUACACCCCUGGAGGAGGGGGGUACGGAGGACAGGAGGACACAAACAGUCGACCCCAGACCAAGCGCAGGCGCCUGAAUGAGUCUUUCCCUGAGAGAGGCAGCGUCUUUGAAUACCGAAUGGCACAAGAGGGUGUGUGAAAAUAAAUAAGGAGAGGGAAAGCUGACAGACAAGCCAGAGGAGGAGAAGAAGGAGUGAGGUGGGAAAAUAACAGAAACUCGAGCAGAGUAGAAGAUUGUAAAGGGCUCUUUGUCAAAGAUGGAUAGAUUCUUUAAAAAGAUCAAGCAGAACAGUGGUAACAACAUAAAACUCAACAUCACUAGAACAGAAUUGUUUACAAUGAUAUUGUUUUGAGGAAUCUGUGUGCAAAAUAUAUUCAAAAGACUAAUAGCUCAGGCAUCCAUCAGAUUUGUGUGAUAGACAAAUAAGAUGUGUUGCUCAGUUGAAAGUUUUAUAGUAACAUUUUGAUAAUACAUAUCCCAGUCAACAUUUCAUUUUACGGUGACAACAAAUUUGCCAUGGAAGUUAAGACAUAGUGUGAAUUUUUUUCCAACUGAAAUUCUUUUAAAUGAAUGAAAAUCCACUCCAACUUUGCCAGAGAGAAGCUAAAUAUGUGAAGCAGCUGCUGAUCCGUUUUCACUGGAACCUCCGCUUAUCUAACACCACAAAGUCACAAUGUGUUUACUGUUCUUGUUAUUUUAACAGCACAGACAAAUAAACCCAAUUUCUACUA